AUGGCCUUCGAUAUUCCUACCUCGUUGGACAUCUCAGAAGAUGAAAUUGGCGUUGAUGACUACCAUGGAGAAAAUGCCUUGCACAAUUUCUCCGACUCCGACGAUGAAGCAAUGUCCAAGUCGUACAGCUCUGCUCAUUUUUCAACUACCGAAGACAGAUACAUCAAGGAUCAUGAUCUCAAGAUGAAGGCCUUCGAGGCAUUGCAAGAAUCUCCUAAGAUGCCCAAGAGUCCCAGUUUUGGUCUGGCAAAGAGAAGACCGCUGAUAAUUGAGUUUCCUAAGCAACCAAUUCAGAGCCAUCCAUUCCCAUCCACUGCUUCUCACAACAAUAACCGAGGCAGCACAAAUGCAAAGGAUCCAAAGGCUACAGGGAAUGCUUUGCCUGAGGAGUAUCCGUCGGACGAGCUCAUUGAGUUGUUCUGCAAUGUGAGGAAAUGUCUUGACUUGAGACACAAGUACUUGGACAGAUCACACCAGAGAAACGACGGCGACAACCCAAAGAACAAACCCGAUUGGGUCAUUUACCCUCCUCCUCCCAAGCCCACCUAUAAACUGAAAAAUAGGUUCAACCAACUCCCAGGUGAAGACCUUGAAGAGGAGACAUUCGACUACUCCAAAUGUUACAUUCCAGAUGGAGAGGCUGCCAACCGUUACGAACUCAAAUUGGACGAUGGUGAUGUUUACCAAGUCCAUGACAAAAUGACAGGGGAGCCUAUUUCAUCUGGUCCGACCUUGUCAGAGUAUUAUUCGGAUCUCAGUGGCAUCAUCAAGAUUUCCCUGGAUGGCCCUACCAAAUCUUUCGCAUUCAAAAGACUUCUGUACUUGGAGACCAAGUGGAACAUGUACUACUUGCUUAAUGAGUUUGAGGAGAACAAGCAGUCCAAGAGGAACCCUCAUCGUGACUUUUACAAUGUGAGAAAAGUUGAUACACAUAUCCACCAUUCGGCUUGUAUGAACCAGAAGCAUUUGUUGCGCUUCAUCAAGUAUAAGUUGAAGACCACACCCGAUGAACAAGUUAUUUUUAGAGAUGGCAAGUUGUUGACUUUGGCAGAGGUGUUCAAGUCGUUGAAACUUACAGCUUACGACUUGUCUAUUGACACCUUGGAUAUGCAUGCUCACACUGACACUUUCCACCGAUUUGAUAAGUUCAACUUGAAAUAUAACCCCAUUGGUGAAUCGAGAUUGCGUGAGAUUUUCUUGAAGACAGACAAUUUCAUCAAUGGCAAGUAUUUGGCUGAGAUUACGAAGCAAGUUUUCGAGGAUCUUGAGGCUUCCAAGUAUCAAAUGGUGGAGUUGAGAAUUUCCAUCUAUGGCCGUUCCAGAGACGAGUGGUCCAAAUUGUCCAGCUGGAUUGUGGACAAUAACUUGUUCAGUCACAAUGUGCGUUGGUUGAUCCAGAUCCCCAGAUUGUACGAUUUGUACAAGAAGAAUGGAAACGUUAAAAAUUUCCAAGAAAUCUUGCGCAAUCUCUUUGAACCACUAUACGAGGUAUCUCUCAACCCCAAGUCGAACCCAAAGUUGUACAUUUUCUUGCAGAGGGUGGUGGGUUUCGAUUCCGUGGAUGACGAGUCUAAGCUGGACAGAUCGUUCCAUUACAGGAAGGCACCUACAGCCGGCGAAUGGGAUGGCCACCAUAACCCACCAUACUCGUACUAUUUGUACUAUUUGUAUUCCGACUUGAUUGCCUUGAACGAGUUGCGUUCCAAACUUGGUUACAACACCUUUGUGUUAAGGCCUCACUGUGGAGAAGCCGGAGAUCCUGAGCACUUGAUUGCUGCUUUCCUUACUUCGCAUUCCAUUUCUCAUGGUAUUCUCUUGAGGAAAUUGCCCUUCAUCCAGUACUUAUACUACUUGGAUCAGAUUGGACUUGCCAUGUCUCCACUUUCCAACAAUGCGUUGUUUUUGACAUACGAUAAGAAUCCUUUCUACAACUUCUAUAAGAAGGGAUUGAACGUUUCGCUCUCCACUGACGAUCCAUUGCAAUUUUCCUAUACAAAAGAGCCAUUGAUUGAGGAGUACUCGGUGGCUGCACAAAUUUACAAGUUGUCUGGAGUUGAUAUGUGCGAGCUUGCCAAGAACUCAGUGUUGCAGUCGGGUUUCGAGUGGGCCAUCAAGAAGCACUGGCUUGGAAAGAAGUUUAUGCUUGACGGAGUUGAGGGGAACGAUAUAGAAAAGACUAAUGUUCCUGAUGUCAGAGUAGGAUAUAGAGACGAGACAUUGAAGAGUGAGUUGGAGCUCGUUGAGAUCUACACAUCUUUGGAGGAUAAGCAAUGA